AUGCGUUUCUCAUCCCUUGCUAUCUUGGCUCUGGCCUCUGUCGCCGUCGCCGAUCUCAAAACCUGGAACGACAUCGUGGGCGACAUGCCCCAGUGCAUCAAGACUUGUCUUAACGACUUCUACAACACCGCCGGUCUCAAGGACAAGUGCGGAAGCGCCGAUUCAGCCAGUGUCGACUGUCUCUGUGGUGUUAAGAGCUCAGUUUCGGAUUUCCGGGACAAUGCCUCCGACUUGAGCUCAUGUAUCCAAGAUGGCUGCGACACCAAUGAAAUGGCGGACGCUGCUUCACAUCUCGGAGACUUCCAGGAUCGGUUCGAGAGCCUCGAGGAUCAGUGUAAGAAAAGCUCCUCCAACGGUGCUAGCUCAAUGGCCCCGGGAUUCAAUGCAUUGCUCGCCUCUGGGGCUCUGCUUCUGGUGGGCGUGGCCCUUUGA